AUGGAUUCAGUUGGAACGAAAAAGCAUAGCAAGUCCCAAUCAACCUACGUAAGUAACUCGGAGUUUCCACGUUAUUGUGCAUGUCGCCUUAGAGAAGCGAAGACAUAA